ACUUUUCUGUAUUAUUUAAAGCUCUCCUGAUUCUCUCCCAAAACAACCAAACCUUAGCCUUCUUGCAGUUACUCUCAGCCGAUUUUUGUUUCAUUUUCACAAAAAUCUUCUAUUGUCUGAGAAAUGGCAGAAGCUAAGAUUGAGAUUGUAUCCGAAAUCACCAUAAAGCCAUUAUCUCCAACUCCAAAUCACCUCAAACACUUCAAUUUUUCUCUCCUUGACGAGAUUGCCUUUCCUCCUUCAGUUUACCUUCCAAUGGUUCUCUUCUACUCUGCUUCUGAUGAUCAUGACUUUCCCAAAAUGUCACAAAAGUUGAAGGCUUCUUUAUCAGAAGUUCUCACUCUCUACUAUCCCUUAUCUGGAAGAAUCAAAGGAAACAAAAGCAAUCUCUUUGUUGAUUGCAACGAUGAAGGUGUCCUCUACCUUGAAGCUAGAGUUCCCUCAAAGCUCUCAGAUUUUCUCGAGAAAAAUGAUAACCAACAACUCAGAGAGAUAAAAGGGUUUCUUCCAUUAGAUCCCUAUACACCUAAACAGGACGAUGAAGAUGAAGAUCGUCAAGUAAUGGCUGUUCAGGUCAGUGAGUUUGGCUGUGGAGGUGUAGCUAUUGGUGUGUGCAUCUCACACAAGGUAUGUGACGAAACAACAGUGGUUUCAUUCCUUCAUGCUUGGUCUCAAAAGGCAAUGGUAGAUCACGCAAGCGAAGUGGCUAAUUCUUCUUCGCCUCUUAAUAUGGAAGCUUCUUCGAUUUUUCCACCAAAAGGCAUAGAGAUUGACAUGAAUGCAAUGAUAGAUGAGAAGAAUAUUAUGACGAAGAGGUUCAUGUUUAGUGAAGAUAACUUGAGUAGACUAAAAGAAGAAAUUUCAAGAGGAUGUAGCUUUAAGCCCACUAGGGUUGAAGCUGUGACAACUUUGAUAUGGAAAUCUGCCUUGGAAGCUGCAAGAACCACAGAGACAACUCAACAAAGUAGUUCAUUCAUGAUACAUCUUGUUAACAUCCGUAGCCGGAUGGUACCACCAUUGCCGGAGAAUUCUUUUGGUAAUCUCUUUGUGCCUGCAUUUUCUCCAUUGCUUGAAGUUGAUAAAGAAAUGAAAAUGGAGCUACAAGAUGUGGCAGAAGUAGUCAGAAAAACCAUAAAAAUGGUUGAUGGAGAUUAUGUGAGCAAGCUUCAAGGAGAUGGUCAAGAGCUUGUUGAAACCCUUGAAUCAAUGUUACAAGCGUGGUUUAUGGUGGCCGAGAAAGGUGUUCCUUUUUAUCUCUUUAGUAGCUGGGUUAGGUUUGGUUUCUAUGAAACAGACUUCGGAUGGGGCAAGCCAACAUGGGCUUGUACUGUGGGAGUUCCUACAAGAAAUGUAAUAAUUUUGAUGCCAACAAGAUCUGGGGAUGGAAUAGAGGCUUGGGUCUCCUUGAAUGAGCUUCAUAUGCUUGAAUUCGAGAACAAUCUUCUUCAGUAUGCUUCUUUUGAUCCUUAACUAGUUUCUUGUUCAUGUAGUUGAGUAUUUUAAGCUGAACUUCAUGUAUAUUAUGUGUGAACGUUAAUAUAUGGUUAUGUAUGGGAUUGUUAAAAAUUAAGUUAUAAUUAUCUGUUAAACUGUGUAAUUUCCUGUUAUUGCCUCGUUGUAAUAAACUUCAUAUUGUUGGUCA